GCGCGGUUUCACGCCGGACAUAAAUACGCGACGGACCACCAUAACCAGCGAGCAAUACGUGUUUACUGUAAAAACAACUAUUUUAUACUUAUAAAUAAUAAUAAAAAAGAAAGUCUCAGACUGUCGCGCCUGCGCAGAGGCGUCGCUCAUCGUCACAUCAAGUGGGCGGAAAUGCUGAAUUCUUCGCGGCAGUUGUUUGUUUUCUGAGAAGAUGUUUGCCCGACAGUUCCGCGUCAGAUCGAACACCGCCAUCAAAGGGUCAGACAGGAGGAAGCUCAAGGCCGACAUCGGUGCGGCGUUCCCGUCGCUGACCGCCGCCCAGCUGGCGGAGCUGGUGCCCACCAAGGAGGAGCUGAGCGUGGUGAAGGUGUACGCCCACCGGGGCGACGCCCUGACGCUCUACGUGCUGCACCGCAACCCUCUGUUCUUCCAGCUGGAGAAACAACUCUAUCCCACCGUCUACGUGCUCUGGCGCUUCCCGGACCUCCUGCCCACAUUCAGGACCUGGCCCCCGGUACUCCAGAAGCUGGUCGGCGGGGCAGACCUCAUGCUGCCAGGUGUGGUGGUGCCUUCAGGCGGCCUCCCGGACGUGAAGCGGGGCGACUGCUGCUCGGUCACGCUGGUGAACAACAGAGCUCCGGUCGCGGUCGGCAGCGCCGCGGUGUCCAGCGAGGAGAUGCUCAGCAUGAAGGGGAGAGGAGUGUGCGUCCUCCACGCCUACAUGGACCACCUCUGGGCUUUCGGAGACAAGUCGGCUCCUCCUUUGCUGCCGGACGCAGAGGGAGAAGGACUGGAGGUGAACGGAGAGGAGUAUGAAGCCGAUGGCGUAGAAGAGGAUGAGGAGGAGGAGAAGUGUGAGGAAGACGAGGAGGAGGAGUCGGAGUCGGGUGAAAAAGUCACAAAUGAAGCCUGCUGUGGUCUGGAGGAGCUGAGUGUGGCUGAGCCGGAGGUGGAGCAGCAGAGGGCCGACGAGGAGGAAGAGGAGGAGGAGGAGGAGGAGGCCGAGGCCGAGCCAGAGGACCUGAAAGACCUGAUGGACAACCUGCUGCUGCGGUGUUUUCUCCACGCUCUCAAGAGCAAGGUGAAGAAAGCGGACCUCCCCCUGCUGACCAGCACUUUCCUCCGGAACCACAUGUUCUCCUGCUGCCCGAGUGGGAAGCAGCUGGACAUCAAGAAGUCCAGCUAUAAAAAGCUGUCCAAGUUCCUGCAGGCGAUGCAGAAGCAGCACAGCCUGGUGCGCGUGAGGGAGCUCACCAAGGGCGUGGAGAGCAUCGUGGAGGUGGACUGGAAACACCGAGAGCUGCGGUACUUCAAAGUUCCCGAGGAGGAGGAGGCGGCGGCGAGCGGCGCCUACCGACCGGGACCGCCCGAGAUCACGGCCAUGUACUCUGUGUCGGCGCGGCUGGAGCCGCUGUUCAUGGACGCCAAGAAGAGGAAAGGAAUGAUCCUGGAUCCCUCUGAAGUGAGACACAUUGUCACAGAAUACGUGAAGAACAACGAUCUGGUGGAUGUCAAUAAUAAGAACUACGUGACCGUCGACCCGACGCUGUGCGACUGCUUGCUGGAGAAAUCCGAGUACCAGGAAGUGGCGUCUCUGAAGUGGGACGACCUCUUCAGCAGGGCGCUGGCGAGAAUGCAGGAGUGCUACCAGGUGGUGUACCCGGGACGGGCCCCCGUCAGGAAGAGGGGCCACAUUGAGCCCAUCGACGUCUCGGUGGCUUCUCGAGGCUCCAAUAAGAAGGUGACUCUGAUAAAGAACCUGGACGUGUACGGUCUGGAUCCGGCGGCCGUGGCCACCGCCUUGCAGCGCCGCGUCCAGGCCAGCUCCGCCCUGCAGCCCGUCCCCGGGUCCAAGGGCAAGGUCCUGGUCCAGAUCCAGGGCAAUCAGAUUCACCAAGUCGGCAAUCUGCUGAUAGAUCAUUAUCAAAUCCCUCGCAAGUACAUCCAGGGACUAGACAAGGCUGCGAAGAGCGGGAAGAAGAAGUGACGCGUUGAAGCUGCCGCGUAGCGACGAUGUCAUGAAGGCGAUCGACUCCUGAUCACUGAUAUUGAUCGUUUGAACCAGAGCGGCGAGAAAACGAUUCAAGUUCAAACCUCCGGUGUUGCAUUUCACCACAUUUGCGUUGUGUAAAAAAGAAAUAAUAAAUAUUUUAUCAAC